AUGAGCAGGAACAACGGCAAGGCGUCGAAGCUGGAAUUCCUGAGGAUGGGCCUGUCGAGGGCGAGGGGCGGGUCUUCGACGACGGCGCGGCCUGGCGGGGAGAGCCGGAACAACGGCAGCACGACGUCGCCGCGCCGGGUGUCUUCCUCGUCCUCGUCCACCGCGUCGCCGCCGAGCUCGUGCGUGUCAUCCGAGGGCAGCCCAGACGCGGCUGCGGCCGCGCCGCCAGUCGUCGGCGGCGCGGCGCCCAUGGUCCUGGCCGGGUGCCCCCGGUGCAUGAUGUACGUGAUGCUGUCCCGGGAGGACCCCAGGUGCCCCCGGUGCCACAACGCCGUGCUGCUCGACUUCAACGACGGCGACCAGCGCCGCCCGCGUCAGCGCCGGUGA